CUAUAAGUUUAUGUGUGAUAUAUGUGCCAUACAUACCUACGGUACAUAUUGUUGCAAGCAAAUUGUAGUAAGUGUUGAGCUUGCUUGAACAUUGUUGAUAUAUGUCACGUGCAUAAUAUAUGUGUAUGUUUCGUAUCAUGAUCCAAUUGUGUACAGGACUGUAGGAAAGCAAGUGGAUGAUAUGUGCGCCAGGGAAAGGGCAAGUAGGAUUCGGGAAGCAGAACUUAACAGAACCGACCCGUACCAGGAGAAGGUGAAGGAUAACUGGGUUAAGAUUGUUGAAGAAAUGCUAGUGAAACGAUUCCACGGUGUUAAAAAGGUGGCAUGGGAUCCUGUAGUAGAAGACAAGGGCAUAUCUGAGAGUGAGCAAGACCGCAAAAUCCGCCAGAUUCGCACCAGAUCACGGAGACAAUCUACCAUUAUUGUGGAAGACUGAUGCAAGAUUUAAGGAAGCGAUAACCUAUGAAGAUUGCAUCGAAUUUGCUACAUUUAUCAUACUAAUGCAAAAC